CUCGCAAAGCCUUGAGCGAUAGAGACGGGUCGUCUUCAGUCGAGGGAGAAUCAAACCGUGACGUUAGAUCGCUUCUCUAAGUUGCGAGGGAAUUUCAAAAUCAAUAUAAUCUUAGUUACCCAGUGGUACUGUUAUUUACACAGCGCUCGUGCACAUAACAUGUUUUAAGUUACUGAACAAUUGUGAUUUCUGAAAAGCGAAGAACUUGUGAAGUUUUGACGAUGGGUCGCAGAAAAAGGAAUCCGAAAAGGAUCUUUGACAAUCAGAAAAUUAGCAUUGAUAGCAAGGUGGCAGAAAAAUCGAAUUCCGACGGAAAAGAGACGACGGAACAAAGAGAGGAAGCUCUUAUUGCCGAAGCCGCGAUCGACGUUUACUCUCGUUUGAAAUUGCCACUCGUGCACCCGAUGCAGCAGCGACGAUCGUCGGAUGAGAGCGACGAGGAGGACACUGUCGAGUUGAACUUCUGGCCACGUUUUGUCUUCGUGUCGAACCUAUGCCUGAUCUGCAUGGAACGGUCGAAGGAGGCCUGCGAAUCUUGCGGCAUGGUUUCUUACUGCACCGUCCAACACAUGAAGCAGGACCGGCCGAGACAUCGCGACCUGUGCAAAGUUCUCACCGAAGUCUGCGCGAACGGAGAUGGCUUGUCGUCACUGUCGGAGCUCAGCGCGGACGAUUAUCGCGUUUAUCGACUGACAUUGAUCGAGAUGGUGCAGUGUCGCUUGGACAGGCCUCUUCAGCUCUGGGAAAAGGAGAUUCUUCUUUAUCCUCGCGUUUGUUGCGAGUGUCGUUGCUUCUCGAAGGUUCUGAAAUGCUGUCCGGCGUGCGGAAUCGGCUUAUUCUGCGAGAAUCACGACGGCAGGCACGAACAGUGGUGUCGAGAUUUUCAGGUCUUCCGCAGGGUUCUGUUCAUGCAGCACAAAAACGGUUACACGGUGCCCGAGAUUCCGGACACCUUUCAGAAAACGCCUCUUCAUUUACCGGACAAUUUUGAUCUGUUAAUAGCACAGCUUUACGGUCGCUCGACAUAUUAUUGCAAUAUGGAUUCCUACACGUACUGCAGUCUCUCACAUAUAUCGUCUGUUCCAUUGACAGCUUUAUAUUCCAUGCAAAUUUCUUGUCAGAAUUGGAAAACCAUUGAUACUCUCGUGGUUCACGUGAUAGGCGCCGAGUUUCAGUUCGAGUGUGUAAAUCUGCACGUAUGGGAGAAACUCUUUCUGCACCUCCUUCCAAAUUUAAAGCGUCUCAAGUUGAUGUUCGUUGGCCCGGAACUAAGUCUGCCAGAGGUGCCGUUAGACCUGUUGACCGCUGUGAAGAUCUGCUCGACUUGCAAAUCGUCCGGUCGACGAAUAAACGUUUCGUUCCAUCCUAAAAAAUUUUAUCACGAUUUCUGUCGUUCCAAGCAGUUUAUAGAACCGCAUCUCGUGUGUCUCUUCAACCCGGGUCUUUAUCGGCAGACUGGUUUUGAUGGCAAGGACACGUGGCCGGAGACGAUACGAGAAUUCUGUAAAACGAAAGUUCCCGUUUGCGUGACGUCUUACACGAAGCAGGAAAUUCCUCGAGAGAUGCUCAGGAUAAAAUCGAUCGCUGAUGUAGAGACGAUUUUGGAGCCACGAAGAAAUUCAUUCGCUUCGAUCAAACCCGAUAGAAAUUUCGUCAGUGACGAUACGGUGCCACUUAUCUAUAAAAAUUAUUAUCUUGCUAUCGUUAGAGGGAAAUCAUGAAUACAAUUUAAAAGAGAUAUUUUUUUAAGUUAUUUUACGUUUAAUUUCGUACAAAUAUCUUCCUAGAAUAUUUUACGUUUGUUUUUACAUCUUUUGCAAUUUUAAACGCUAUUUUUAUUUUAUAUGCAAAUGUAUGUGAAAUUUAUAAAGAGAUAUAAUCUAACAAUCAAAAUACACAAAAAAUGAUUGUAUAUUGUAAUGUAAGUUGCCAAAUUUAAUGUGUACUACAAUAUAUAAUCACUUUUUGUUAUUAUGUCGUAAUCCUAUUUUGAAUUGGGUUAAAUUAAUAAUUAAAGUCUAUUAAAUGAUUCAUUGUUUCAUUAUAUAUUUAUUUAUAUAAUUAUGACAUAAAGUUUAUAAACAGUAUAACGAGGAACUUUAUUCCAUCUAUAAUCAUAUAUUAUAAUGAAAAUGUUUUAUCAGUUUGUAACAAAACAUAUUGAUACAUUGCGCUAGUAUAUACAUAGAUUUAUAUUUAUUUUAUAUAAGUAACGUGUUAAAGUACAUAAAAUAUAAAAUUAUUCCAUUUCUCUUAUAUUUCGAAGGACGAUUUUUUAAAUUACAGAAGCUUAUUUUACGUAUCCUUGUAUUUCGUUAAAAUCUCAUUAUAAAAUAUUAAAGAAAAUUUUAUCGUGAUAA